AUGGGUUUUGAUUUCAAUGAUGACAUAGGAAACAAGAGGGUUUGUAAGUCUAUCGCGAGAAUAAUGGCUUUGGCACUGGACUUGGAUGUGAAUUACUUUGAUACACCUGAUAUGCUGGGAAAUCCAAUUGCAGAUAUGAUAUUGUUUCACUAUGAAGGGGUGUUUAAUCCCUCAAAAGGAAUAUAUGCUUGUGGAGCACAUUGUGAUUUCGGAAUGUUGUCUCUCUUAGCAACUGAUGAUGUGAUGGGACUUCAGUUAAUCAAAGUCAAAGUGUUCUCGUCGCAGAUUCCUUUCUUCGUAAAACCGAGCCACGACUGUAUAAUAGAGUGUCUUCCUACCUGCCAGUCCGAAAACAACCCACCCAAAUAUCCUGCGAUCAAAUGCUCAACGUACCUCUCCCAACAUUACAAAGCCGCACAUGCACACCACAAGCAGACCUAGGCGAAGUUUAUCAUCCACCCGGACCACACCCAUAAUUCCCAUUAUAUAAAUUAUUUGGUUUACUGGUUGUAUGUGUUGCCGAAACUUCCUUUCUGUUUUCUCUCGCCAAAGUUUAUACCUAAUUAAUUGGAUUAAUGAAGAUCAUUAAGGAAAAAAAAGAACUUGUGUUUCUCGAAUCAGAACUGCUUGUUAAUCCGAUUUACAAAAUAGUACUCCCUCAGUUCCCAAAAGAAGGAUUUUCUAGAGUAUUCACGUAUAUUAAAGAAAUAAUUAAUUUUUUACAAUUGAAUUUAUUAUUUAUUUUACUAUACAUUUUCCAAUAAAUAUCAAACCAAUAGUAUUCAACUAAUUCAAAUAUUUUCAAUUAAUAUUUCUUAAAAGUAUACAACUUUUGAACAUUAACUACUAAAAGUACCUUAAUAUUUAGAAAAUCUAUAAUUUUGGAACAAAAAAUAAAUCUAGAAAAUCCUACUUUCAGGAACAGAGGGAGUAUAAUUUAGAAACGGUCGUUUGAGAUGACUUCGAAAUCAUUAUGUGAAAUUUGGUUGUACGUAAAGCAUAAGCCACAGACCAUCUGGGGUUAUUCCCAUGGCCAUGUCGUGGCUCCACUGAAGUCUGUUGUGGGGUCGCGAUUCACACAGGAGCCUUCCUUUUGAAUGAUUCUUCCCUGUUUUUGUUUUUGAAACGCUACUUUUUUGCUGAAUUUCUCUUUCUUUUGAAUAAUGGCUCCUUGUAGCUCCUCUUGAUUUUUUGAAAUAAUGGCUCUUUACGAUUUUUCUUUUUAUGCACUCUUUUUCCAUCGAACCGUUUUGCACGCUCUAAUGGUAGCAACUCGAAUCUUUAAUGAGGACCCUCCAUGUUUGCUUCUUGGACGAGGUAGCCUCUGUUAGUGGACUCUUCUUGUCGUGGUAGGACUUGUAGGAUAAGAUCGCUUCUUACCCUCUUCAAAGGUUAGGUAUCAGGGUUCUGGGAGUGGAUCGAACCCAAGCGCUGCCUUAGAACUAGCAGACUUCUCCAGGAUUUUUUGGGGUGGCCCUGGGCUCAGAGAUUGUAGCUGGAACCUGCAAGAUUAACUUUGAACCCGGAGGUUUAAGAUUUCUAAAAUAUGGACUUAGAACCCGGAGGUUGCUCUUAUGAUCCUGAGAUCUUGUUUAGAACUCAGAGGUUUGUAUGAGAACCUGGAGGUUCUUCUUUAGAUCCUGAGAUCUUAUCAAGAACCCGGAGGUUCUCCUUUAAAUCCCGAGAUCUCAUUUAGAACCCGGAGGUUCGUGUGGGAACCAGGAAGUUCUCCUUUAGAUACUGAGAUCUCGUUUAGAACCCGGAGGUUCUCCUUUAGAUCCUGAGAUCUUGUUUGGAACCUGUAGGUUCUGGAUCAUGGGAUCAUAUUUGGGCCCGGAUUUCCCGUGGGAAACCUGACAUCAAAAUAUUUCCAAUGAUAUCUUACUCCUUCUCUGGUUCAUUCUAGAUCAACUGGAAAAUACUGAUGAAGUUGCUGCUCAUGGAUUCGAUCUGCAGAGACCAGUCUCGCCUUAAUUCUUAAACCAUAAUUUCAAAUGACGAUCCAAUUUCUGCUAUAGAUAUAUCCAUGAGUGGAGAACUUACCAUGAAAGUUUGGUGUCAAAAUUCAAUGAUUUUAUCAUCCGUCCCUGCCUUUUAUCUCUACUGAUUUCAGAUGCGUUUUGCAAAAAUAUCCCUAGAGAAAACACACAUAACUUGCAAACUACAACUCCAAUUGAAGAUCCGUUUUCCCUAGUACGUAGAGAAAAGAGUUGACUACUUUCUCCCAGAAGAUGAAGGUCAAAGAUGAGGUCGUGGCUAUUUCUCUAUGCCUCCGUUACUUACGAUCAGUUGAAGGAUUAAGGAGUUGAAGCAACUAAGAGAGGAGAAGGACAUGGUCUGGUUGGUAGCGGCUAAUCAUGUCACGUUCUUUUUAUUUUAGGUUUAUGGAGAGGAUGCACUUGAUUAUUUAAUGGUUUGCAAAAUAAUUAAUACACAAACCAGACCGGUUCCGGGUCAUUACAAUAUAAUUUCCUCUUAGGUUCAUCUUCUUCCUGCAUGGAUAUAUGGUCAUCUUCCUGCAUAUUUUAUCCACUAAUGCCAAAUAAGUAAUCUAUUCCAUCGAUGAUGUCCUAAACAAUAAAGCAUACAAUCGACCGUUGCUUGGAGUUCAUUCAUAAUCAUUGCUGUUCUUUGAAUAGUAUCUUUAAUAAUCAAAGUGUAUGUUAUAGAAUAAGAAUUCAUCAUCUCAUGGACAAAUUAAAAUGACAAAAAUUAAGUUAUGCCAAGUUAUACGUUUUUAAGAAUAAAGUUAUUCCAAGUUUUACAUUUCCACCAAUAAAUUUUUAUCACGUUAUACCAAGUUUCACAUUUUUACAAACAAAGUUAUUCCAAGUUAUAUAGUUUUACCAAUCAGUUUAGACAAAUUUAUACGGUUUUACGGUUACUGUUUUACUUAGUUCUACAGGUUGUAUGAUUAUAGUUUAACAAAGUUAUACUAAGUGUCACUAGUUCAACCUUCUUCAUCCCUUCUUCCUCCUAUUAAGACACCAAAACACUAAUCUGACACGAUGUAUUUUGAUUCAACCAGUGUUAGACUUAUUAUUAAACUAAAUUCUUCGAUGGAUCCACUAAACGUAGUUCCCGAAUCCUCAAGUACUAAAUUACUAAACCUAUAUGAAAUAAUUUCAAAUCCAAUUAACAAACCAUAUAUUACAAACCAUAACUUACCUAAAUUUGAAGAUUACACUUCUUAUUCUUCGCCAAUGCCUUCAUUGUGAUGAUGGGUUUGAAUUAAAAUCUUCAAUUUGAUUGCAAAGAAUGGGAAUACCUGAAGAAUAGGGACGCUGAUUUCAAACAAUGGAGGUCAAGAGUCGGAAUUGCUCAAAUUCGAAUAACCCAAUUUCGAUUGUCGGGGAGAGAGAAAGAAGAAAAAGGAGAAAGCGGGCCCGCAUGUGAAUUCUCUCAUUUGAUUGGUUGAUUUCUAUGGUUUUAUUUUUGACUUUUACCAUCCCUCUCAAGAGUAUCUAUUUAAUGAAGAAUAUGGUAAAUUCAUUAAGAGUAUGAGAGAUUACUUUUUUUGUCUUGAAGAGUGUAUGAGACUUAUGGUUUAUGAUUACUCUUACUUUAGAUUCCGUUUGCUCUUAUUUUCAGUUAAUAAUCAUUUUCACAGAGUUCAAGUAGUAAAUGGAAUGUACUCAUGUUUCAAAGCUUGAUUCUUCGAUAAAUGAUGGCAAAAGCUUUGUCAGCAGUAAAUGUAAUAGUAAUCACUCAAGUCUAUUAUACAAAAACGGGUAGUUUACAAAUCUGUUUCUAUGGUUUUAUUUUAGAAAAGUACUAGCUUUGCCAUUUUAUCCAUUUUAGCAUUUCAAAGAAGAAGAAAAAGAGUCACUGAUAUUGUUUAUUUAAUUUCUUUUAUUAUGUUAUUAAAAAUUUAUAACAUUUUCAUAAUGGACUAAACUAGUUAUCAAUUUUCUGGAACAAGUUUAUUUGUUUUGGUGAUAAUACAUGGCCCCAAAGUGUACUUGAGAAGUACCCAAAGAAGAAGGGAAAAAUAUUGUGAUAGUUAGAAAUCAACAAAUGGGGCAUAAGAAACUCUGGUGGUAGGAGAAAGAGAAGGACUUAUGUCUAAAAUCAAGAUUAAAACCUAAUUCGGGUAAGUCUUUAUAUUUUUGUUUGUUUGUGUGUUUAUAUCCUGAUAAACACAAAGGUUGUGCAAGUAUAACCUUAUGUAUCAUUUCAACACCUAGCGCUGGGCUCCCUUUUUUGGGCGAUUGUUUUCUCUCUAUCGCUUAAAGGAAUUCUGUCUUUAAGGAAAGUAGGGCUUGAGUUUUGGGAUUUUUUUCCUCUUCUGUUUGAAAAUAAACAGGAAAUAUUUCGUUUUGGGUGGAAAUAUUUGAGUUUAUUUUGUUUUUAGAGGCUUUGACUAGGGCUUUCAUGUGUAGCCGUCUUUUCCUCUGAAGAACACGAAGAACAAAGUUUGGCGCUGGAGUGGUUAUUGAGUGUUUUUGAAGAUGAAUAUUGACAAGGUGUUUGAAUCCAUGUCUUUAGAAGAGGAAGAGGUUCCUUUUAACCUCCCUGAUCUCCCACAGUUUAGCGCUAUUGAGAGAAACAAGAUGAGCAUUAUGGGAAGAGUUCUAAACCCCGAGAAACAGAAGAUCAGUGAUCUUAUUCUGGAUAUGCCUAGGAAGUGGCAAGUGUACGAUAGGGUUUGUGGGAUAUCUUUAUGCAAGACAACGUUCCAGUCUGUUUUUAAGUACAAACAAGAUUUGGAAGAAGUUAUGAGGAGAAGAGUGUAGAUUUUUAAUGAGUGGAGCAUCAUCAUUGAUAGGUGGAUGGAGCAACCUCCAGAAGAUUAUUUGAAGUAUCUGCUGGUAUGGGUUCGGAUUCGUUACAUUCCAGUAAACCAUUAUACCAAAGAAUCUAUUACUGCCCUAGGAGAUCUAGUUGAGGAAGUUGAUGAAGUUGCUUUUGAUCCAGACAAACCCAAAAGUCAUGAUUAUGUAAGGGUUAGGGUUUUCUUUGAUGUAUCGAGGCCUGUGAGGAGAUCCUAAGUGGUCAAUCUACCUAGUGGUGGAUCAGUAACAAUCUGGUAUGACUUUGAACGUCUGCAAAAGCGGUGCUAUAAUUUCCAGAGGUUAACACACGAGAAGGAAAAAUGCCCCCUGCUAAUUCAGGCGAGACGAGAAAAGGCAGCAGAGUGGAAACAGAGAAUACAGAACGAAAAACAGAGACUGGUGGUCACGAUCCCGACUGACUCAAUUGAUGGUACGAGGAAGAGCAAAAGAAAACAGAGAAAAAUGACUCAAUUGAUGGUACGAGAAACACAAGUAGAUCCACGCCAGGAGGAGUCAGAGAGUUUCAAGUGGCAGAAUCUGGUUACAGUGGUUCAUCUUCUCAGUCCUUUUUUGAAUGUCCGAUGGGUUUUAGCACUGGGAUGGUCAGUGCUAAAUCUUCCGGGAUAUCUUUUUCUAAGGGAAUGGGAGGACGUAAAAGGCCUUCAAAGAAGAUGAGAAAGUUCAAGACAAAGCCUUUGGGCCAUCCUGCUCAAGAUGUAGUGGAGGAUGGCAAAGAAAACAAGAUCAGGGCAUCAAAAAGACGGGCAGAAGAUGUGGCGGGAGUUUUUCGAGAAUUGUAAGGCAAACAAAAUCAGAGGUGGUCCCAAAUGGGGGACUGUCGAAUCAAUAAUGCGGAUUCUGAGCUGGAAUUUCCAAGGCUUGGGACGGUCUCAAGACUUGACAAUUCCCCGUCUUAAGGAAAUACGUAAAAAAUAUUUCCCAGAGAUUUUGUUUUUGAUGGAGACAAAGAAAGAGAGAGUUUCGGUUACUGAUUUACAAGAUUCUUUAGGUUAUGAUAAAGUAUUUGCGGUGGAGCCUGAUGGCUACAGUGGAGGUUUGGCCCUUCUUUGGAAAAAAGAGGUUAAGGUGGAAGUGAAGUUUGGAGAUAAGAAUGUAGCUGACUGUGUUGAUCACAUUCGUGAUCUGAAGGCAGAGAUGGCAAGGCAUUUAGAGAGGAAGAAGAAUUUUGGCAGCAAAAAUCCCGUGAUAAAUGUUUAGUGGUUGGUGAUAACAAUACGAGUUUUUUUCACGCCUCAGUGAAGUCAACUAGACAGAAGAACCAACUCUCCAAAUUAACUGAUGAAGAAGGACGUGUGGUUUCUUCCAAUGAGCAGAUGGGAAAGGUUGCUACCUUGUAUUUUGACAAGCUGUUUGUAUCUACGGAACCAGCAAAUCUGGAUAGAUUUUUUCAGGGUUUCGAAUCAAAAAUUACAGAGGAGAUGAAUCAGAAACUCAUUCGGGAUGCAACAGAGAAGGAAGUCAGAGAAUCCGUCUUUGCCAUUAAAGCUUCAAGCGCUCCAGGGAAUGAUGGCUUGAAUGGCCGUUUUUUUCAACAGUAUUGGGGCAUCUUAGGGAAGGAGGUAACAAGGGAAGUAAUGGAUUUUUUUAAAACCGGUUCUUUCUAGCCAGAAUGGAACUUCACUCUUAUAAGCCUGAUACCGAAGAUAAUAGAGCCUACUGAUAUGGUGGACCUGAGACCCAUAAGUUAAUGCUCUGUUUCGUAUAAAAUUGUCUCAGAAAUCUUGGUAGCAAGACUGAAGCCAUUACUGGAGGUUAUUGUGUCACCAACUCAGUCGGCUUUCGUCCCUGAGCGUUUAAUUUCUGAUAACAUUAUUACUGCACAUGAAAUGGUGCAUGGACUGCGAACUCAUGAUCGGGUUUCAAGAGAUUUCAUGGCUAUUAAGACUGAUAUGUCUAAAGCAUAUGAUCGCAUAGAGUGGAAUUAUCUUGAGUCAUUAUUGAAGUCUUUGGGGUUUCAUGCAAAAUUUUGUGAUUGGGUCAUGUUUUGUGUAAAGUCAGUCACCUACUCGGUUCUGAUCAAUGGUGAAGCCCAAGGUCUCAUCGCUCCAAAGCGUGGACUACGACAGGGAGACCCUUUGUCGCCCUUUUUGUUUGAUCUGUGUACGGAAGGGCUUUCACAUUUGUUACAGAAAGCAGAACAUGAUGGAGAGAUUAGCGGGAUCAGUUUCUCUGAGAAUGGACCCUCUGUUCAUCAUUUGUUGUUCGCAGAUAGUCCUCUUCUUCUGCUUAAAGCCAAUGAAGCUCAAGCCCGAGCGAUGUUUAAGAUCUUGAAAACGUAUGAGGAAGCGUCAGGACAGAUGAUAAACUUCAACAAAUCAGCCAUAACUUUUGGAAAGAAGGUAGCAUAACCCAUGAUUUUAAAGAUUAAGGAGAUCACUGGCAUUAUUGGUGAAGGAGGAACUGGAAAAUAUCUUGGACUACCCGAAUAUUUUAGUAGGUCCAAGGUUGAAAUGCUUAACUAUAUCAAAGAAAAGAUGGUAGGGUGGUUCAAUGGAUGGUAUGAAAGGUUCCUAUCGGCUGUAGGGAAGGAGGUUCUGCUGAAAUCUGUGGCUAUGGCGAUGCAUGUUUUUGCAAUGUCAUGUUUUAAGCUUUUGAAGAUGACCUGUAAAAAUCUAACCAGUGCAAUGACCAACUUUUGGUGGAAUGCCCAGUGAUAGGCCAUGGAUUUUACCCAUUUUUAGCCAUGGUCUAUAAGUGUUUUAAUAUAUAUAUUUACUACUAUAUAGAUUCUAUUUAGAUUAUUUACAGGUUCAAGGACGAUUUGGAGGAAUGUUGUGAUUUUGGUGUCUUUUGGAGCCUUUUUGAGUGCAGAGCUGCACAUACUCGUCAGAUAUUUAGCUAUGGAUGAAGAAUUUUCCACCGUUAGAUUGAGCCCAUAUUUUGGCACAUGACAUAGCUUUGAGUUAGCUUUCUAAUGUCACCGGUUUGCGGUCAAUCAACAUCCUGUAGCAGAAGUUAUGCAUAUUUUACUGAAGCGUGGUAAGUCUGCCUCGCGAGAGGAAGCUGUCGAGGAGAUGAAGGACUGUCGAUCGAUGAAACAGCAUUGGUGUCGGUCGACAGUGAUGCCAGAAUAUGGGCUGAGCAUAUUUUUUGACUGACAGAAGCUCAGAAGCAACCACAAAUUACCAUAAUACUCGUGGACGACCUAAACCCCUAUUUAUGUGUUUUCUAAGCCAUUGUUGACGGCUAAGCUUUAUUUUAUUCAUAGUUCUAAGUUAGGAGAGAAGGGAGAAACUCCUUGAGAGUCCUCUUGGAACUCCAUUAGUUUUAUAAUAUCUAUUGCAAUUUCUUAUCUAUUCAUCUAUGAUUUAUGUGACAAACUUCAUGUCUGAACAUAUCCACCUAUUUGGUUUAAGGUUCAAAUAGGUUAUGAGGGAUUAGCCCCAACUAUAGAUUGCUAAGUUGUGAUAUUAAUCUUUAGAAUUGUCAUUAAUGCCUGAUUCUAGAUUAGCUACCUAGAACUUGCCCUAUGAUUGUUAGAUAUAAGCAAUAGUUUUCAUCUCAUCCUAAAACCAUUCUAAUUGAGCUAAGAUCUUGCUAGAGUAAGGCGAGAGCUGAUCUAGUGAGCUUAGUGAGCACAUUCAAUCCGCGCAUUAACGCUUGACCAAGAGCGUUGACAGAUAUUCCAAUCGAAUAAUCGGUCGACGUUUCAACAUGUAUAUCGAUCGAUAUUCCUAUAGAAUAAUCGAUCGACAUUGGUCAAUAGACAAACCUAGAAAGCGAAAGUCUAAUGGUUUGUUUAUAAGUGUUGAGCUCUAUAAUAUCAUGCAUACAACUUGUUAGGCAUCUUUAGGAUUACAAUCCUGAUUACCUGAAUACAAACCCUAGAUCUAGCAACCACCCUUCCAUCAAACCUCAAAUCAAUCAAUCGAGCAAUUAACUUGCUCACAAAACAUGCAACUUUAUAUUUAAUCAUUAAAUCAACAUAGCUUAAUCAAUCUAAUUAGAUUUAUUUGGUUCCCUAGCUCCCUGUGAAUUCUAAGUACUACAACUCGACCUCUUAUUUCAGAGACUAUAAAUCACUCCUUAGGGUAAUUUGAUUGAUAUCACCUAGGAAGGAAAUAAAAAAGAUACAUUGGGUCUCAUGGGAGAGAAUGUGUCUGGAAAAGAAGAAUGGCGGCUUGGGUUUUCGGGAUCUUGAAAAAUUUAAUCAGGCUCUACUCGCUAAACAAGGUUGGAGACUAUUGAUGGAACCAGACGCUCUCUGUGCUCGGGAUUUGCGUAGUCGAUAAUAUCCAAAUGGUGUUUUUAUAUCAGCAAAUCUAGGGUCAAGGCCAUCCUAUGCAUGGAGAAGCAUAUUGUUCGGUCGCGAGCUUCUGUCUAAGGGGUUAAGCAGAUCAGUAGGCUCGGGUGAAAGCAUUAAUGUGUGGUUGGAUACUUGGAUUUUUGAUAGUGAACCAAGAGCACCUAUGAGGUAGCCGAUUUUGUUCAACAUUGAUCUAAGAGUAUGUGACCUCCUUAAUCCUCAAACAAGGACAUGGGAUCGUGAGAAGUUAGAAGAAAAUGUCUUUCCAAAGGACAUAGAGUUAAUUUUGAAACUGAAACCAUCUGUUAAUGGGGAGGACUCUUUUGAAUGGGUCAAUAAUAGAUGUGGAGCCUACACAGUCAGAUCGGAUACUAGUUGGCUUGUAACAUUGAUCAGUCAGAGGUGAUGAGAGAAGCGUUAACACAGCCAUCAGUGAACGGUUUGAGGAGUGAGGUCUGCAAAGGUAACACUGUUCCGAAGAUAAAAAAAUUUAUGUGGAAAGCUUUAUCCAAUGCCUUAGCUGUGGGUGAAAAGCUGAUAGCACGAGGAAUGAAAACAGAUUCUAGAUGCCAAAGGUGUGGGAGAGAAGAUGAAUCAAUUAACCACGUUCUUUUCGAGUGUCCAGUAGCUCGGCUGGUUUGGGCACAGUCGGGAUUUCCCUUUCCACGCAGUGGAUUUGAGAACAGAAAUUUGUUUUGAGAAUUUUGACUAUUUGAUGAGGAUGGGUGUUGGGGGUGGAUUUACAUCCGCUCUGAAGGCCUAUUAGACAAUAAACUAGGCAUGUUUUACUCUGAAGUCCUAGCUUCUUCCUUAUAUAGAUAAAGAGACACCUCUGUUUAGCAAGGGAGCUUAAUCCUCUCUUCUUCCAUUUUAGACCUAGAACACAUCCUACAAGGAUUUUAUACAUUAUUUGAUUCACUUUACAAUAGAAAUUAUUCUUGUGAUGCAAUCUUUGAUCAAUAAAAUCUUUUGGAUGUUCUUUUUCUCAUUUGAUUCUAUGAAGAUUUCUUCUAAGCCUCAAUAAUCUAAUCUUUAUCCUUAGAUUUUUUUAUUGUAUGAUUCCAACAAACAACACCAACAUAAACACCUUUUUUAGAUCAAUGGGAAAAAACAAAUCCAUCAGGGAGGAGUUAACUCGUGUGUUCCCUUGGAUCUUAUGGAUAAUUUGGAAAAACAAAAAUGUUUUCUGUGUUAAAGGGAGAGAGUUCUCAGCUGAUGAGACAGUUGCUAAAGCCCAAGAUGAUGCGAGACAAUGGUUUGAGGCGCAAAAAGGGUUAAAAGAGGAACGAAGUUUGAGUAGUAGACAAAGAAAGGAACCUUGGAGAGCUCCGGCAACUGGUUUUAUGAAAUGUAAUACCGGUGUGUCGUGGUCAAGAAAAAAUCAAAUGUCUGGGGCAUCGUGGAUAGUAAGAAACUGCAGAGGAGAGGUUGUGGUACAUAGUAGAAGAGGUUUAGCCGGAUUAGAUCAUCUGCAGAGGCAAAAGCUGUUGGAAUAGUGUAGGCAGCAGAGAGCAUUGGGUCUCAUCACUUGGAGAAGGUAAUUUUUGAAACUGAGGCUUCUGAGAUGGUAGGUGCAGCGAAAAGACCGAAAGCUUGACCCUCUUUUAGAGCUUUUGGUGUGGAAAUUCGUGAGGCUCUGAGCAGAUGUAAAGAUUGGGAGCGGUCAGCUGUGUCUAGAGUGGCAAAUAAAUGUGCUUUCCUGAUUGCAAAGAGUGUAACAUCAGAGCAGAGAGUAUAAUCAUAUGUGGCCUCUGGUGCUCCAUUUUGGCUGAAGGAAGUGAUUGAAGUGGACAGAUGUAGAGCUUUGAUCGCGUAGUUCGUACAGUUAUGGGGUUCUAUCGUUUUUUUAGUGGAAUUGUUAUGGACAGAGUCACAAGUAAGCUAUGUGUUUGCUUGGGUUCUGUUUUUGUCUUUGUUUCCUUGGCUUUGUAAGACUCAAGACCGUUUCUUUUAAUACCAGCAAUGAACUUUCAGUGAAAAAAAAAACACAAAUGUUGUGCAUAUGUUCAAGAUAAAAUAGAAUUACGUGUGUAUGCGUAUGUACAGGAAGGUUAUGACCAGGCACGUCCCUUCUAUAAUGCAAAGAAACAUUUGCUUCGGGCCAUAUAAUAUAAGCUUGAGCUUACUGAUCCGAACCCUAUUCUAAUUAAAUUCCCAUUUCUUGUAUUAAAACCAAUAAAGCUGGUGGAAACGAUUACAAACAUUGAAGUGUUACAAUGAUACAAGUUGACGUGUAUGUAUGCAUAUUUGCUGUUCUCUCCUCAGGACCGGAUAGCUCCGUCCUUGCAGAGGUAACACCAUAAAGUUAAAACAUGUCGGACAGACAAGGAAGCCAUUUGCUGCUUUUGCCAUCUACAUUGGAGCCUACCUCGAAGGAAGACCGAGUAGGAGACAAGAAAAGAAAAGAAAAGUGGGAAUAA